AAGGCCCAUUCGAGGUAUACUUACGAGAGCGCACGAGCCUCAUCCAGCGGACGAACGAACGAACGAACGAUCGAGCGGCCGACCGAUCGAGCGGCCGUCCGAUCGAGCGAACGAAGUGGGACCGUAGAAAAUAAUUGGAGGUGGGGGCUGAUUCAAGAAUCGACGUGGACACCCUCGCCAUCCAAAGUCAUUCACCUAACGGUCAUCGCCGCGUCAAGAAUCUUCUUCUUGUUCUUCUUCUUCUGCUGUCAUGUCUUCCGUUAGUCGAUUUGAUCAAGGGGAUACCCGGACGUGUCGUUAAAUAAUUAGUCGAAAGAAGAGCAAACUCGAAGACGGUUGACCCGGUUUUUGUUUGGAGAAUAAUUUGAAAGGAUCAAAGUGUUGUUUCGAGGUACGACGUGAACUGUUGUCGCGGGCCUUUAAAUUCUAUUUCGGCCUUACGAAUUCAUGUGAUCGAACUGUUACGGGAAAGAUUACAACUGGUAAGUCGUACAGUGAAAUCGUCUUUGGUGUAUUCCGUAGGAGGAGAGAGUGAGUUUACAAGUGAACUGGAUUUAUCUAUCGGAUGAUUCCCGAUAAGUUCGUGAUACCCGACGCUCCAAGUGAUUGCGUAGAAAUGAUCGUCAGUGUCGCGGAUCUGUUAAACAUCGUGAUGACAAAGUGUCAUGAUGAACGCUAUAUCGUAAUUAAGUAAAGGAUCAUCCUUCGAAGAUGUCGUUGAUGAAUCUCGCGUAAUCGUUUCCGUCUUCAAGAUGAAUCAACAGUGCAAGGUGUGCGGAGAACCCGCGGCAGGCUUCCACUUUGGCGCGUUCACCUGCGAGGGCUGCAAGUCAUUCUUCGGAAGAUCCUACAACAAUCUAAGCAGUAUUACCGAAUGCAAAAAUGGUGGAGAAUGUGUUAUAAAUAAAAAGAAUCGAACAGCCUGCAAGGCUUGUCGUCUAAGGAAAUGUUUACUCGUGGGCAUGUCAAAAUCUGGUUCGCGAUACGGCCGCAGAUCAAACUGGUUCAAAAUUCAUUGUCUGCUACAGGAACAACAACAACAACAACAACAGCAACAACAACAGCAACACUAUCAACAGAAUCUUCCUAACCAACCAUUGACGCAACAACGAAAACCUAUGAGCCCGCCCAUUGGAAUUCAUCCAGCCCAACGAAAGGACGAUGUCCUGAUGCUAAGUUUGGACGACUACAAGAACUCGACAUCCCCCAGUAUUAGUUCCCCGGAAUCGCACAACAGCGACAGUUCCGUGGAACUAUCCGAAAGAAGAGCAGCCUUCUCGGGUCACCCAGGCUUUAGACCGUUGCAUUCACACCUACAACCCUCCGUAGCCGAUCUGUCAGCGCUCAGCAAAGAAAUGAUGAGUUUACCCCUCGGGUUUCAUCUCGGUGGAAUGUCUCUGAUUCCACCCGCGUUUCUACCACCGCCGAGUCUCACCAUGUUCUCACCCUAUCAUUUAUACGCAACGUCACACGGAACUUCUCACCCCUUGGUACCAAAUCAUUCUUCGAAUCUACUACAACACUCACCCAUCGUUGAAGACAUGACCAGUCCAAUCAGUCCCUCUACGACCGCUACCACUACCACGACCAUUAGCAUCGAUAAUAAACACUCGUGUGCAAAUAAUAAUAAUAAUAACAACAACAACAACAACAACAACAAUGAUAGAUAUGCGCAUAACAAUAAUGUUCAGACGUCGAGACAGAGUACCUCGCCGAGCGAAGAAACUGGAGAGACGUAUACCAAGAGAGUCUAUCUGGACGCAGUGUUGAAGAGUCAACGAACACACGCGGAAGGUUCUCCAAUAGUGAAGGAACAUUCGGAAAGUGGUUCGCCACUAUGCAGUCCAGGAUCGGAAACGGACCUUCCACCUCAAGAUAACCCUAUGGACCUAUCUAUGAAAAGGACGGCCACACGAAUUAAUGAUGCAACAGAAGAAGACGAGAUAGACAUGGAGAGCGUGAGCGAUCGAGGCAGUCCCCCCUUAAAGAAGAAAUCAGCGCCCAUAGAUCUAACGACGAGAACCUAGAAUUGAAAUAUCGUUUGUUCGUUCAACGACAGACGGAAUAAUUCGUCUCGAGCGUCGAAAUAAGUUAAUCAAAAACCGGUUGCCAAAUACGGCGUGUGAUAUCGUAAUAAAUUACAUUUUCCUCCCCCCCCCCCCCCCCCCCGCCAUAACUGACUAUCUGUACGUUUCAACGCACGUUCAAUAAUGGAGCGAGUUUGCCAGAACCGCACAGUAUCUUUAAUUGCGCUCUCUGACGAAGUAGGAAUUAUCGGAUCAGGCUCUGAUUGCGAGAUACGCAUGGAGACAAAUCAUUCGCGCCGAAUAGUUGAACGCAAUCCCGCAUAAAUAUCCACGGAGACUGGAAGAACGAAGGAUUAACGUCUCAAUUCCGGGUAAUCACGGCAAGGAUCGCGAGUCACCGAUCGAUGGCUGGUUGUGUAAUAACCAAUCGACUUUAACGAGAGUCCUCCGCUUUAAUUAACGAGCGCGCGCGCUCGUGCGGCAAUCACAUGGGGUAGACAAAGACAAGAGACAAGGGAGUCAGGAUGGAGAAAAGAGAAAGAAGAGAAGAACCCGAGAACCUGGCACUGACGCAUUUGCAGAAGCAGGAGAGCAACGACGGAGUGCAACCGUAGUGCAUCGGUUGAUAAACACGUCAAACUGCAGGGUGCACGUGUUCGGAACGUGCGUUACAAACCGCCGUACACGUGUAGAACGUUGCCAACCGUUUUAUCUUACAAGCGUUCGACGCCUGCCAAUGUAAACGCCUCCGUCGCUGCCGCUCUACCGCCCCUUCUCUGAUUUUGUCCCGCACCUAUUUACACAUCCUUGCGCCUGAGGAAUCUCCACCGAUAUGAGAAUUGUAAUCACGACAGGCCUUGCUCGAUUUUGUUCAUGGCGAUUCCAGAACAUUUCGGUGAAAUUCCUCAGUGCCCUACCAUUAUUGCAGGAUCGCGCUCUCGCUGAAACAACGUGGACGAUACUUUUACGAUCUUCGUUGUCCAAGCAUAGCUUGCUCGAACACAGAUUUGCUUUUAGUAAGACAUUAGAUCGUGCACGAUUCACGCCACGUCGCGCGAAAUGGAGCUCUUUAAUUCCUUUGAGAUGCUUGUGUUGGGUCGGUCCUCUAGGGAAAUUUUCACAGACCUGACUGCGACAAUAUUUUGAAACAACGAACAAUACUGUAUAUUUGAGGACAAUCCAAUAUUUCAACGAAAGUAGUAAAAGCGUAGAUAAUCGUACAUAAGAGGUGUGUAAAUAUGAAUGUAGUAAAAACGAAUGCAUUCGCAUUAAAUACACUUCGUUAAGCACGAACGGUGCAACGAAAAGAUAUUGUCAAUAGUUUUCUAUCCUUACCGCUAAUUAUAAAAAUAGUCAACAAAUGGCCAGUAUUUCCUUUAAUGGUUAAUAUCCUUGAUCAUAUUGCGAUACUGAACACAUGCAAUUUUCCCUACUUGACUUAACACUAACCUUACCAGAACCGGCCAAAUGAGACCGGUUUCAAAGUUUAAUUUAAAAUUGUAUUUACAUUCAUUGUUAUUUCUUGUUUUUCAAUUUCUGUUAAUAUAAGAAUUUACAUAAAGUUAGAUGAACAGAAGACCGAAACCGGUCUCAUUUGACCGGGCCUGGUAAGGUUAGUUUAAAUGAUACUUAUGUCGUUAUCACAGGCACGCUAUGAUUCCAUUUGUAUCGAAAUAUUUCAGGUAGCAAAUAAACAGAGAACGGAGGUGUAAAUAAUAGUUAGGUAACUAGGACUUGCGUGAACGGGACCCGGGCCAGUAGGUACUUACUUGUAUAUAGCUAGUAGAUAUUAGCGACUAAUCGAUCAAUUACAAUGCUCGAAAUAAUUAGAGAAAUAUGAUUAGGAUUACUAUGACAAUAACAAAUACUAUAUGCAUGCUGCACAUUGCAAAAGGUAUUGGUUACCAUAUUCUAAUAACACUAAUUAAUUUGAGCAAUGUACUUUACGAGUUUAAAUAAUUAUAUAAAUCAUUUUUCGUCAAAAGAAAAUGAAUGAUAAAUGUAAUACAUUACAAUGUACUUAAUGUAAUUAUCGACGUAUACGUUACUUACAAAGCCACGCUAUUUCACAAGUAAAGUACAAAUCUAUGAAUUCCUGGGCCCUCAUAUUUGUAAAUACAAAUUACAUUUAAAAACCAUAGCAGUGGAGUUCCAAUACCUAGGUUAAUGUAUAAGGCUGUUGGUGAAUUGAACAAUUUUUAUCAGAAUAUGCUCCCGUUUUUAGCGAUAUUGUUGGAAGGAUACUAACUUAGCGUUGUUGAUCAGUGAACACUCUUUAAAACGGCUCUACGACGACUUACAAUGUAAUAAUUAUUAGAUAAAUAGUAAAAUUAUCGAUUUAUUAGAGUUACAGGCACCAUUCACUGCCGCGCUAAACUAGUUAAUAGAGCGUUAAUUAAGGCGUUAAUAUAGACCAAGCUAUUUUACAGAAUUUUGGUACAAACAAAUGCAAAUGAUAACGUUAACAAAAAAGCUAAAAAAUGAUUAAAAAUACAUAAUUAAUUUGAAAUUAAUCGAAUGUUAUUUUCAAUUCACUUACAUUACUCGACGACAUCUCCGAUUGCUUCUCAGCGCCAUUUAAUUACAUCUCCAUGAAUUGUUG